UGAUACUGCUCCAUUCUCACUCCAAGCAAGCCACCAUGAAUCGAAUGUGUUUCUCGUCUGGUUCUCUUGGUGGAAGAAGGUGCUUCUCUUCGGCUUCUGCCGCUUGUGGCCUCAGCGGAGGUAGAACCAGCUCAGGCUCCGUGUCCUGGCCUGCUGGAAGAAGUGAAAGCGGUGGCUUUGGCAGCACAAGUCUCUUUGACCUGGGUAGAAGUCAAAGAAUUUCCUAUGGUGGAGGCUAUGGUCUUGGACACUGUGGUGCAUAUGGUGGUGGGGGGUACGGUUGCGGAGCAGGCUAUGGCAGCGGUGCGGGCUUUGGCGGCCAUUUCGGUGUUGGCAGUGGUGCAGGUUAUGGUAGCUGUGUAGGCUACGGCAGUGGAGGCUAUAGAGGUUCCUCUGGUUUUGGAGGUUACUCUCCCUACCAUUUUGGAAGUGGUGUACGUUAUGGCGUCGGACAUGCAGGUAGAAGUGACGGUAUCCAAGCGGUGUGCAUCCAUCCGGAACUGUUGAAGCCUCUCUCUGUGGGGGUUGACCCAGAAGAACAUAAAAUACGAUCACAUGAGAAGGAGCAGAUAAAAUGUCUCAACGACCAGUUCGCCUGCUUCAUUGACAAGGUCCGCUGCCUUGAGCAGCAGAACAAGGUGCUGGCAACGAAAUGGGAUCUCUUGCAGCAGCAUGCCGUCCCAGCAAGGAAAGACCUUCUCCCUGUUUUCGAGAAUUACAUCUGCCAACUGAAGAAACAGCUGGAAUGUUUGUUACAUGACAGGGCGAGACUGGAAGAUGAAGAAAAGGCCGUCCAGGACUUGGUCCAUGAGUACAAAAGCAAAUAUGAAGGGGAAAUCAACAAACGCACGCACGCAGAGAAUGAGUUUGUGGUGCUCAAGAAGGAUGUGGACUGUGUCUUCAUGACCAAAGAGGAGCUGGAGGCCAAGCUGUUGCAGCUGAGACAGCACUUCGAGUUCCUGAAAUGCAUCUUUAUUGAGGAGCGAGCUCAGCUAGAUGGCCAACUCUGCGAUACCGCCGUUGUUUUGGAAAUGGACAACAGCCGAGACCUGGACCUCAGUGGCAUUAUCCACAGUGUUAAAUGCUGUUAUGAGGAGAUCGCGCAAAAGAGCAAAGGAGAAGCUGAGACGUUCUACCAAACUAGACUUGAGGAGCUGAGCACCAACAGAGGCAGAUUCUGCGAUGACCUGAAGAAUGUCCAGGGUGAAAUAGCAGAGCUGAAACGGCUGAUCCACAAACUGCAGGGCGAGACUGAUAAAGUGAAGAAAGAGAUUGCCUGUCUGCAGACGGCCAUUGCUGACGCUGAGCAGCGCGGCGACUGCGCCCUCAAAGACGCCAGAGAGAAGCAUAUUGAUUUGCAGAACGCCUUGCAGAAGGCCAAGGACAAACUGGCCUGCAUGCUGCGGGACUACCACGAGCUCCUCAACAUCAAGCUGGCCUUGGAUAUUGAGAUAGCUACAUACAGAACAAUGCUGGAAGGAGAAGAAACCAGGAUAUGUACAGGGAACCCCACGAAUGUUGCUGUGGUCAGCGGUGGCCAUACCAUCGGGGAUUGCAGAGCCGGCUUUGGAAGUGUUUGUGGACCUCUAAAGGGAGGAUUCAACCAUGGAAUUGGGAUGUUUGCCUCCAGUGAUGGAUUCAGCUCCAGAAGUGCAGAAGGCAUCGCCAGGAUGGGAGGUGGCUAUGGCACAAGGUGUGCCGUCGGCUCUUCCGGAAGGGGAUAUAGUUCUGGAGGACUAGGUAGUGGUGGAAUUGGGUAUAGCUUGGGAGGAUUCAGCUCUGGAAGUGGGGGAUACAGCUACAGACGUGUGCUCAGCUCUGACUUUGCAAGUUCCGGGGGUGUUGGCGGUCACGUGGGUGGAGUGGGCAGCUCCGGGAGUGCAGGCGCCGGAGGUGAUGUGGGAUACCAUUCCUCGGGCGGAGUCAGUUCUGUGGGUGGGGUUUGCAGCUCCGGAGACGUAGCCUCCUCUGGAGAUGCAGUAGGGAGCUCUGGAGGUGCAAGUGGAAUUCAUUCCUCAGUGGAACAUUAUAGCUCUGGAGGUGUAGGAAGCUCUGGGGGUGGAGUUUAUAGCAGUGGCGGUGUAGGAAGCUCUGGUGGUGGAGUUUAUAGCAGCGGCGGUGUAGGAAGCUCUGGUGGUGGAGUUUAUAGCAGCGGCGGUGUAGGCAGCAGUGGAAGUGGAGGCGCAUACAGCUCGGGUACGCGCAUGGUAUCAGUCAGCUCUUCAAGCCGAAGGAUCAUCCGAUAAAAGUCCAAACGCAAAAGUCUCCUUUGCUGUAAUGAAAAAUAUUUUCUGCCUUCUGACAGCCACAUGAAUCACGAAACCUGUCAUUGACAAUAACCAUACAUUAAAGAAAAACCUGUGUCCAAUGCAAUCCGUAUGAUCAGAAACCACAUUCUUCUAAAUGCCCCUUUUAGAGAAACUUUACGCAGUGCUAGAUACUAUCAUUUUCGUUCAGUGAGUCUGUGGCUGUCUAUAGGCAUUAUCUUGGCUAUUAAACCAGGCUCCUUUGCCUGAUAAUUUUGCCCUUCUCACUCUGGGUUUUCUUGCAUUAGCUACACUUGGGAUCACAUAGCAUUAGGACCCAGAAUUGUCCUCCUCCUAUGGUAAAGCAUUUCAGCCAGGGAAGCAGUGCAUUAACCAUUCAAGAUCAGACUGCAGAUAUCACUUAGCUUCUCUUAUGACACCAGGAAUCAGUUUUUUGUUGCUUUUCUUUGGUGAGGGUUAGCUGGUUUUGAUCAGUUUGCAUAAUCACUGCCAUUACAUUUGCUGCAUCCACUCAGUGACCUUUGCUAAAACUCAUUGUAAUUACACCAGAGAUAAGCAUUUGUCUGCUUCAUCUGCAGUUAAACGUCUGCGUUGUUAUUCCUGUGUGUAUAUUGGAUGGAAAGGUCUUGUGCUUUUUCUGUAUAUACAGUUGGAACACCGUUGACUGUCCUUUG